AUGCCUGAGGUCUUCUCUCUGCACGACCUUGAUUACGGCAGCACUGAAAAGGUCAAACAUCAGAUAAAGUUGAAUGACAACACACCGUUCAAGCAUAGAGCUCGACCCAUACAUCCCCAAGAUGUUGACGCUGUGAGAAAGCACCUCCAAGAACUAUUAGAGGCCGGGGUUAUCCGCGAGUCUGAGUCUCCAUUUGCGUCACCCAUAGUGGUAGUCCGCAAGAAGGAUGGUACAGUAAGGCUAUGUAUUGACUUUCGAAAACUUAACUCACAGACGAUUAAGGAUGCAUAUGCCUUACCAAAUCUGGAGGAGGUCUUUUCAACACUUACCGGCUCGAAUUGGUUCUCGGUGCUCGACUUGAAAUCCGGGUUCUACCAAAUCGGAAUGGAAGAGACUGAUAAGUGUAAAACCGCCUUUGUCUGCCCGCUGGGAUUCUGGGAAUUUAACCGGAUGCCGCAGGGAAUUACCAACGCACCAAGCACGUUUCAGAGGUUGAUGGAGCGGUGCAUGGGAGACCUGAACAGAAAGCAAGUGCUGGUUUUCAUCGACGACCUCAUAGUCUUUUCGAAAACUCUUGAAGAGCAUGAGUCCCGGUUGUUGCAAGUUCUAAACCGACUGAAGGAGUAUGGUUUGAAAUUGUCACCCGAGAAAUGUCGGUUCUUCCAGACGUCAGUGAGGUAUCUGGGUCAUAUAGUCUCACGAGAUGGAGUAGAGACGGAUCCAGCAAAAGUCGAAGCCUUGAAGACAUGGCCGAAGCCAACAAACCUGAAGGAGUUGAGGUCUUUUCUAGGUUUUGCUGGAUACUAUCGGAGAUUUGUGCGAGAGUACUCCAAGAUCAUUAAGCCUCUCACCGACCUUACAGCGGGAUAUCCUCCACUUAGAAAGAGCGGUAUUAAGAAACCGAAGGAAGGAAGCUAUUUCAAUCCCAAGGAAGAGUUCGGUGAUCGAUGGACUCAAGAUUGUCAGAGUGCUUUUGACUCCAUAAUCGGCAAACUCACGUCUGCACCUGUGUUGGGCUUUGCUAACCCCAAGCUUCCCUACGUGCUUCAUACCGAUGCCAGUACCACCGGGCUCGGUGCAGCUUUAUAUCAGGAGCAGGAAGGGCAGAUGCGGGUCAUAGCUUUUGCCAGCAGAGGAUUGACCAAGGGUGAAAGCAGGUACCCUGCGCACAAACUAGAGUUUCUGGCACUAAAAUGGGCUGUCACCUCCAAAUUUAGCGACUACCUCUAUGGUGUAGAGUUCACUGUGGUAACUGAUAGCAACCCCUUGACGUAUAUUCUAACCUCAGCGAAGCUCGAUGCCACCAGUUACCGCUGGCUGUCCAGCUUGUCAACUUACAACUUUAAGCUGCAGUACAGAGCAGGUAGCCAAAAUCAGGAUGCUGAUGGUCUAUCCCGACGACAGCAUGGUGAACCUCUGGAUGACCUGAUUUCUCAGAAGGAGAGAGAAAGGAUAAGACAGUUCACAUUGAAUCAUUUCAUGAGGCCGGGAGUUGAAUCAUCUGUUUUCAUGGCAGACACGAUAAGGGCGAUUUGUGAAAGGCAUCAGGUGAUUGGAUCAUCUAAUAAUCCUAGUUCCUCUCACUUCUCACUUGCCUUGGUUGAAACCAUUGCUCAACAUGAGGACGCUCUGCCAAAUGAAUUCCAGUAUGAAGAUGAACAUGGUCUCCCAGAUCUUCCUCAUCUCUCAGAAACUUCCUUGGCAGAACUACAGAGAAAAGAUCCGGAAAUGAGGAUUGUUAUUAGAGGAUUGGAGAGUGGAGUGAAACCUCGUAACCUGAGAGAUCAACCCCCUACCAUGGGUUUGUGGUUAAAAGAGUGGAACCGCCUCGAGCUGAGAAGUGGGGUGCUGUAUAGGAGGAGACAGGAGUGUGGAGCCUCUUGCUAUCAGUUGGCACUGCCCACUACAUUGAGAGACAUGGUGUUACGGAGCCUCCACGAUGACAUGGGUCAUAUGGGUAUUAACAGGACCCUGGAUCUCGUCAGGCCAAGGUUCUUCUGGCCGAAAAUGUCACAGGCAGUGGAGGAAAGGAUAAAAACUUGUGAGCGUUGUGUCCGCAGAAAAACACCUCCGGAAAGAGCAGCUCCUUUGGUAAACAUCCAAACUAGCAGGCCCUUAGAGCUGGUAUGCAUAGAUUUUCUGUCCCUGGAACCAGACCAGAGCAACACCAAAAACAUACUGGUUAUCACGGACCACUUUACUAAGUAUGCCGUUGCAAUACCAACUCGAAACCAAACUGCCCAAACCGUUGCUAAGAGCCUGUGGGAUAAUUUCUUGGUACACUAUGGGUUUCCAGAGAAACUGCAUAGUGACCAAGGGGCAGACUUUGAGUCCCACACAAUAAAGGAGUUGUGUAAGAUCGCAGGAAUUCACAAGGUGAGAACUACCCCAUACCACCCAAGGGGCAAUCCAGUGGAACGAUUUAAUCGUACACUCCUCCAGAUGCUGGGGACACUGGAAAAUGAAAAGAAAUCUCGGUGGAAGGAGUUCGUAAAGCCUUUAGUGCAUGCCUAUAAUUGCACCCGCAAUGACACCACUGGGUUUACUCCUUAUGAACUCAUGUUCGGACGACAACCCCGCUUACCUGUAGAUCUGGCUUUCGGAUUGCCAGCAGAUACUCCCAUCAAGUCUCACUCUCAAUACGUGCGAGAUCUUAAGAGUCGGUUGCGAGAGAGUUACGAGGUGGCUACUAAAAAUGCAAGGAAGGUAGCCGAGCGAAACAAAAGAAGAUUUGAUAAGCAUGUGAUUGCUUCGACAUUGGAAGAAGGUGACAGAGUUCUGGUACGGAAUGUGCGAUUGAGAGGGAAGCAUAAACUGGCUGAUAAAUGGGAACAAGAUGUUCAUGUGGUUGUCAGAAAGAUUCGAGAUCUGCCAGUAUAUACUGUCCAACCAGAGAGAAAAGAGGGUCCUCUCCGGACGUUGCAUCGAGACUUACUGCUGCCCUGUGGGUUUUUGCAGCCAAGCAAUUCCGAAGAACGACCAAAGCAGAAAGUUCGAAGGCCUAGAACCAGAGCUUGUCCUGAUGAAGGGAUAAAGGAGUCUGAGUCCGCUUCUGAAUGCUCAGAGUCUGAGGAUGAGCGAAUUCCCUGUUACGUACCUGGGAGAACAUUGGGCUCUGAAACUCAAAUUAUUACAGGCAUUGAGCACUUACCUUGUGUUCGAGGAGUUGCAUUUGACUUACCUGUCCCUGAUCCUACUAGACGGAACUUACCUGAAUGGAAACCUGUGGAGGAAAAAUUAGAUGAAUUUGUUGGAGGAAUAUGUGCAGAUGAGAUUGAAUCAGAUGUCUCAGUGGAGCAGAGACCAGAACCAGAACAAUCCCCUGGAUCUCUGGAUGACUAUCCUACUCAAUUGGUUGAGACCGUGCCAAGUAGUUCUGAGUUAGGGAGUGUAAGAAGAAAUCUGAUCUCAAACGAAAAGAGUUGUGUUGACAAUAAAGCUGAAGAAAGGAGUGCUGAGCCUGAAGACACAUUUACCCUCAGACGCUCACAGAGAGAGCGACGUCCCCUAAAAAGUUUGAAUAUCCCCAGUUAG